AUGACCGAGAAUAUGCAGGGUUUAGUGGGAAGAAACGCCGUUUUGGAGAAUUCACUAUCCACCGCCGAAAUCGAGCUCGAAGGUUUGGGGGAAAAAUCGAAAGGGUUAGAGGAGAUUUGCGAAUUGUUCAAGAACGAAAGAUCGUUUCUUUUGACCGAAAGGGGCAGUUUAGUUUCGAAGCUGGAAAAUGUGGAGAGAAGGCUGCAGAUUUUGGAGAAAAAAAUUAUGGGGUUGGAAGAAAAAUACACUGAUUUAGAGAAAGAGAAAGAAGCCAUGCACGAUCAAGUCGAAAAGCUCAAGGUUUCGUUGGAUGAGGAAAAUCAAGAACGGACAAGCUCUCAUAUUUUGAGCGAAACCCGAUUGGCCAGGCUCGAAAAUCAAAUCAAUCUACUUAAAGAACAGAACACGUGUAAGAAAAAGGAAACAGAGCAAGAACUCGAUAAAGCUUUGAAAGCGCAGUUCGAAAUAUCCAUAUUGCAUAAAUUUAUAAAGGCCCAAAGCGGCCAGCCCCGCCAUUUCUCCGCCCUCUCACUUCUCUUUCUCCUCCCGAUCUCAAUUUCCAGCGGCGUUUACCCUUUCCUUUUGCCGCCGCCCAGUUAUAAUAAUAUUAAUAAUAAUUCAAAAUCAGUUCCUUCUCAAUUUAUUAUCCAACUUAUUUACCUCCUUUUCGCAGUCAUCUUCGGCCUUUGCGGCGGCGCGUCCAUCACCCACACCGCCAUCCACGGUUUCUACGGCGAACCCGUAGAAAUUACCUCCGCGCUCAAAUCAAUUCCGGUCUCGUUCCUCCCUCUUUUCGUGACCAAAUUAGUCUACCUGAUAAUUCUAUGGUUGAUUUUUAUCUGUUACGGGAUUUUAAUCGCGUUUGCGUACGGCGGGCUUCUUCUAUUCCGUGUCCAAUUGGACUACGGCGGUCCGAAUUUCGUCGCCUUAGUAGUCGUGAUGACCUGCUUGUCGACGGCGGUGGUGGUUGUGGAGUCGCGUUGGGGCUACGCGCCGCUGAAGAGGAGUUGGUAUCUGGUUAGAGGGAUGGGAUGGGUCGUGUUCGGGACGAUUAUGCUACUGGCAGUUCCCUCUUAA